AGUAACGUUUAACGAGGACUUUCUUUCCACUACAAAAUAGUAAGGGAGGGGCGAGAGGGAUCGGGUUGCAGGCGGUGCUGCAGGGGGGAGCCCCAGAGCGCGCAGGGCCGGACCUGCGCGGGCUGAGGGCCCCCUCCGGGCAGGCGUGAGCCCGGGCCAGCCGCGCACGCGCACGCACUCGCGCACGCCGGCCCCUCAUUUGGGCGCCGGGUGUCGGCGGCGCGCGCGGGGGCAAAUGGAGUGGGUGCUCGCGGAAGCGUUGCUGUCGCAGAGCCGGGACCCCCGGGUCCUGCUCGGAGCGCUGUGCCGCGGGGAGGCGUCCGCGGAGCGCGUGGAGACGCUGUGCUUUCUGCUGCAGCGACUCGAAGACGAGGAGGCGCGCGGCGGCGGCAGGGGCGCGGGCGCGCUCCCGGAGGCGGCGCGCGAGGUCGCCGCGGGGUACCUGGUGCCGCUGCUGCGGGGCCUGCGCGGGCGCCCGGCGGGCGGCUCGGACCCCGGCCCGCCGACCCGCCACCGCCGGCGCGUGCUGAGGGCGGCGGGCGCCGCCUUGCGUUCGUGCGCCCGCCUCGCCGGGGGCUCGCAGCUGGCGGCCGCCCUGGCCGAGGAGGCGCUGCGCGACCUGCUCGCCGGGGGGCCCGCGCCCGGCGCCGAGGCGGCCGUGGAGGUGCUGGCGGCCGUCGGGCCUUGCCUGCGGCCCCGCGAGGACGGGCCGCUGCUGGAGCGGGUGGCGCAGGCGGCCCUCGCCCUGGCGCUGGCCGCCGACGGGGACGGGGGCGAGGCCGGGCCCGCGGAGGACGCGGCGGCGCUGGCGGCCGGGCGGCUGCUGCCGGCGCUGGGCCAGUGCGGCGGGGCGGCGCUGCGGGCCGUGUGGGACGGGCUGGGCGCGGCCGGGGCGCCCCCGGGGCCGGGCCGCGUCGGGCCGCAGCUGCUGGUGCUGAGCGCCCUGGCCGAGAGGCUGCUGCCGGAGCCCGGCGCCGACCGCGACCCGCGCACGCGCGAGGAGGGCCCGGACGCGCGGCGCUGCUGGCGCUUCUGGAGGACGGUGCAGGCGGGGCUGGCCCAGGCCCAGGACGCCCUGACGCGCAAGCGAGCGCGCUACCUGCUGCAGAGGGCGGUGGAGGUGUCGGCGGAGCUGGGGGCCCGCUGCGCCUGCGGCCCACAGGAAGGAAACGGCCCGAGUCUGUUUUGGUGGUCUGAGAAGAAAAAGGAUGAACUUCUCAAGUUUUGGGAAAACUAUAUUUUAAUUAUGGAAACUCUAGAAGGAAAUCAGAUCCAUGUUAUAAAGCCAGUUUUACCAAAGCUCAACAGUCUGUUUGAAUAUGCGGUGUCCGAGGAAAAUGGAAAUUGGCUCUUUCACCCAUCCUGGCAUAUGUGUAUUUAUAAAAGAAUGUUUGAAAGCGAAAAUAAAAUCCUGACCAAAGAAGGUGUUCUCCAUUUUUUGGAGCUAUAUGAGACAAAGGUUCUUCCGUUUUCGCCAGAAUUUUCUGAGUUUAUUAUUGGACCAUUAAUGGAUGCACUUUCAGAGAGCUCUCUAUACAGCAGGUCCCCAGGCCAGCUGAUAGGAAGUGGUUCUCCAUUGGGACUGAAAUUACAGAAGUUUUUAGUCACUUAUAUUUCUCUUCUUCCAGAAGAAAUAAAGAGCAGUUUCCUAUUAAAGUGUAUUCAGAAGAUGUCAAGUAGACAUUGGUGUGCCAUUCCCAUUUUGUUUCUGUCAAAGGCUUUGGCAAAUGUCCCACGAUGUAAGGCCCUGGGUAUCGAAGCUCUUCUUGCUCUCAGGGAUGUUCUUCAGUGUACUAUGAUCACCCAUCAGAUUCUAUUGAGAGGGGCGGCUCAGUGCUACCUUCUUCAGACAGCCAUGAAUUUGGUAGACGUGGAGAAGGUGUCACUCUCUGAUAUUUCAACUUUUCUCAUGUGUCUGAGACAAGAGGAGUCCUUAGGACGAGGAACCUCAUUGUGGACAGAGCUCUGUGAUUGGUUGCGUGUUAAUGAAAACUGUUUUAGGAGAGCCUCAGAUUGUAGUUGCGUUGGACUUCCUGAGCCGUCCUCUCUAAAUGCUUACGUGAAGAACCUAGUUCAAGAGUAUAUGAAGUCACCUGCUUUGGAAACAGGAGAAAACUGCUUUAUGCCUGACUGGUUUGAAGCCAAGCUUGUUGCAAUGAUGGUCUUGUUGGCUGUAGAUGUGGAAGGAAUGAAGUCUCAAUACAGUGAAAAGCGGAGAACACAGAAUGUAUUAAGGAUAUUCUUAGAUCCUCUUCUGGAAUCCCUUAUGAAGUUGGGCACAAAUGCCUACAUGCCCUUGCUGAAAACUGACAGAUGCCUGCAGUUGCUGGUGAAGUUAUUGCACACUUGCAUGUUGAAAGGUUCCAGUACCCAAGAUGAUGAGGUGUUUACUCUUCUUCAGAACUUUGUCAUGUCUACUACAGAGAGCAUUUCUGAAUUUAUUCUCCGACGGCUUACCAUGAAUGAACUGAGCAGUGUUUCCGAUCUGGAUCGUUGCCAUUUAUACCUGAUGGUAUUAACUGAGCUUAUAAAUCUCCAUUUGAAGGUUGGGUGGAAACGAGGCAACCCCAUUUGGAGAGUUAUUUCUCCUUUGAAAAAUGCAUCCAUUCGGCAUCUUCAAGAGAUGGACCAUGGACAGGAGCCCACGCUGGGCGCGCAGGUCCAGAGGGUCAUUAGCAUGGCUGCCUUGGCCACGGUGUGUGAGGCCACCGACCGGACGCCGGAACUGCAGCUCGGCUCUCUGGAGGCUGGGCCCACGGAGAGGUUCCUCUCCGCUCUCCCGCUCAAUCACACGCUGCAGAAGCCCCACGCAGAGGAGGAGAGCAGUCUUUGCGAAGAAUCCUCGUCUUCCCAAGGAUGGGGGAAAAUAGUUGCACAAUAUAUCCAUGAUCAGUGGGUCUGCCUCUCUUUCUUGCUGAAGAAAUAUCACACCCUGAUACCAACCUCAGAGGGUGAAAUUCUGGAACCCAUCCUACCUGCCGUCCAAAUGCCAGUAAGGACCCUGCAGGCCGCUCUCGAAGCCCUCACAGUCCUGCCCUCGGAUCAGGUCCUGCCUGUGUUCCACUGCAUGAAAAUUUUGGUUCCCAAGCUUUUGACCUCCUCUGAAUCACUCUGUGUGGAGUCCUUUGACAUGGCUUGGAAAAUUAUAUCUGCUUUAAGCAACACUCAGCUGGUAUUCUGGUCUAAUUUAAAAGCUUUCGUUCAAUUUGUUUUUGAUACCAAAGUUCUUAGCACUGCUGCAAAAAUCAAGGGCCAGGCAUACUUCAAAAUAAAAGAGAUUAUGUACAAGAUAAUUGAAAUGUCUGCUAUAAAAACUGGAGUCUUCAAUACACUGAUAAGUUAUUGCUGCAAAUCUUGGAUAGUUUCUGCUUCAAAUGUGUCCCAAGUGUCUUUAUCAACUGCUAAAAAUUACAGCGAACUUGUCCUUGAGGCCUGUAUAUUUGGAACUGUGUUCAGGCGUGAUCAAAGACUUAUUCAGGAUGUGCAGACCUACAUAGAAAAUCUUGGCCAUGAUUGUGCAGCCAACACUGUUAUAGAAAAUACUAAAAGAGAAGACCAUUAUGUGAGAAUUUGUGCUGUCAAAUUCCUGUGUUUAUUAGAUGGCUCAAAUAUGUCUCAUAAGUUGUUUGUGGAAGAUCUUGCAAUCAAGCUAUUAGAUAAAGAUGAGUUGGUGUCCAAGUCCAGAACCCGAUACUAUGUGAAUUCUCAACAGCACAGAGUGAAGAACCGAAUAUGGCAGGCGCUACUGGUGAUUUUCCCCAGGUUUGAUCAGAAUUUCCUGAAUAGAAUUAUUGACAAGAUUUUCCGUGCUGGUUUCAUCAAUAAUCAAGCGUCCAUAAAAUAUUUUAUAGAAUGGAUUAUUAUAUUGAUUCUUCAUAAAUUUCCUCAGUUUCUUCCGAAGUUCUGGGAUUGUUUUUCUUAUGGUGAAGAAAAUCUUAAAACAAGCAUUUGUACAUUUUUAUCAGUUUUGUCACAUUUGGACAUCAUUACGCAAAAUGUUCCAGAAAAGAAGCCAAUUCUGAAGCAAGCCUUUAUCAUCGUCCUGCAGUGGUGCUUCAGUCACAAUUUUAGUAUCCGCCUGUACGCGUUAGUGGCCCUUAAGAAAAUCUGGAGCAUGUGUAAGACAUGGCACGUUGAAGAAUUUGACGCUUUGACUUCUGUUAUUGAGUCCAGUCUUAGUCAAGUGGAAAACAUGCCUGGAGCAGGGAACGCCAAGAAGAACUGGCAACGCAUCCAAGAGCAUUUCUUUUUUGAAACAUUUCACCCGCUUAAGGAUUAUUGUCUAGAGACCAUAUUUUACAUCCUUCCACGCCUCUCAGGCCUUGUUGAAGACGAAUGGAUUGCCAUUGGUAAAUUUACCAGAUUCACGGACAUUCCUUUAGACUCAGGAUUUCAGUGGUAUCUUUCUCCGACUCAACUUUGUGAACGGAAACCAGGUGACUGGGCUCAGCAGGACAUAGGUUCUAACUCAGGUGAAGCAGAUGACCAGUCAGAGUGGACUGAUGUUCAGAAGAAGAUUAUCCCAUGGAAAAACAACGUUCCAGAUUUAGAUCUGGAGCUCGUGUUUCAGGAUCGUGUUGCCAAACUUGGAAAGUCGAUUAGCAGACUGAUUGUAGUGGCCUCACUCAUCGAUAAGCCAACUAAUUUAGGAGGACUGUGCCGCACCUGCGAGGUGUUCGGGGCCUCGGCGCUCACAGUAGGCAGCCUGCAGUGCACCCGAGACAAGCAGUUUCAGUGCCUGAGUGUUUCCGCUGAGCAGUGGCUUCCUUUAGUGGAGGUAAGACCACCUCAGCUAAUCGAUUUUCUGCAACAGAAGAAAGCGGAAGGUUACACCGUCAUCGGUGUGGAACAAACCGCCAGAAGUAUAGACCUAACCCAGUACAGCUUUCCUGAGCGGUCUCUGCUCUUGUUGGGAAACGAGCGUGAAGGAAUUCCAGCAAACCUGAUCCAGCAGCUGGAUGUUUGCGUGGAAAUCCCUCAGCAGGGUAUUAUCCGCUCACUCAAUGUCCACGUGAGUGGGGCGCUGCUGAUUUGGGAGUAUACCAGACAGCAGCUGCUCAAGCAUGGGGACACCAAGUCAUGAAGCUUGUGCCUUAUCGGGGAUGGAUUACUGGUGCUCUUGAAACGUUUUUGAAAAACUAUGUGUGCUAAUGUAAUAGUCUGAAAUUUACUGAGAUAAUUUGUAUUCCUUUUCUUGCAACUUAAUGCCAAAACUUCUUCAUGUGCCUUAAAUACAUUACUAUAUAUCGUCCCCUUUAAUAAAUAUUUUUAGCUAAAUUGCAUUGUCUUUAAUAAAAUAUUUUAAGCAAU